AUGGCUUUCCUGCCUCAAGCAGUGAGGGCACAUGCCAUUUGGGAUGCUUGGCACUGGCCAGGCUUGUCGACCUCACCUCAGCCAGUGAGCUCCACCAGGCCUACGCAGAGUGGCCCCAGGUUGCAUCGCGAUGGCUUUGUUCCAUGUGUGGGUGCCCUUUGCCUGUCGGCACUAGCGAUUUCUGCUCGAGCCCGACUCACGACUCGGCGUGCCAUUCCGACCCAGAAGAGAAUCCCCGUUGUAAACCUGGGGGGGCAGAAGAUUGGCGAGGAGGAGCUCCAGUUUCGAACUUUUAGCCGAGAAACGGCCAACUAUUGCGUUCACCAGGCGCACACGAUCUACAAGUAUCAGCAGCUGCCCUUUACGAUUUUCAGAAAGCGUCGAAGCGAUAUGAAGAAAGGUAAGAAGCUAUGGAAGAACAAAGGCGUAGGCAAGGCCCGUAUGGGCAGUAUAUACAGCCCUUUGUGGGGCAAGUCCGCCACCAACAAGAACCGACAUGGACUGGAUGACCGCAGAAAGAAGUUCCUACCGAGGUUGUUCCACUCAAAGGCUAUCUCCACCGUUUUGCAAAGCAAGUGGAGGUGCAUGAAGAUCGUGGAAGGCUUGGAGGACAUCACUGAGCCUCGAUACUACGAGCUGACAGACAUGGUUAGGGCCUGGACCGGCAUGGAAGCCGGCAUCAAGCAGACCCUGAUGAUCACUCGCAGCGGCUACGGCGAGGAGCACAAGUAUUGGUGCAUCCCCACCAGAGCAAGUUUCAGGAGUCCGCUUUACAUGGCUGGGCGCUUGAUUCCGAACUUCUCCUUGCGACGCCCUCGUGACAUGGAUCCCGACAGCGACGGGCUUCACCAGGCCCUGCUGGGCAGAAGAGUCAUCAUCUCUCGCGAGGCCUUCUUUGACCUCAAGGCGAAGUUUGAUGCACACGAUGGAUGGGCAUUCCAAAGCCCGAAGAAGAUCCUCAUCGCACAGAUGCAGAAGCUUGUGCAGGAGUAUCCUUACGACCGCCAAGCCGAAUUUGAGGCCGCGCGUGAGGUGCCGAAGAAGUUGGCUCAGCGCGAGUUCUGGGCCAAGGAGAUGCGCGAGAGCAGCUGA